UAUGAUGGUGAAUAUCAGAGGCACUAUGAGAGUUAAGAGACUUCAUUUACUUAGUUCCUGAUUCUCAAAAAGAAGGUGUUGGAACCUAAAUUCUGGGUGUGACUUUACUCCAGCUAGACAAUUCUUUGGUUGGAAAGAUAGCCUCUCCUGAGGACCUCUGACGUGUGUACAGGUUGGCAGAGGUGGUGAAUGAGGUCUGCCUAUGGGUUGGCUAUAGGGCUUAUCAACACUGAAAGCAAGGAAGGAGGAGAAAAUUGCACUGGAUCAGUACAGGUCCAUCUCCAGUGCUGGCUGUGGUGGCCUUGGAUUCGCAGAAAACCAUCACCUUCAACAGGUCUGCACUUCAGAAUCAUCAUCCUCCUCCAGCCUGAAUGUGCCUCUGCCCUUCCUCUGUAUCAUUGACAGAGACUGUGUUUGGAAAGGGAUUGAACUGACUAUUGACUCUAAUUCUUGCUACCACAUUUAUCCCUGACCCAGUAAAAAAAGUGUUAAGAUAUCUAUUUGGGACACGUUGAGAACCAAGGCCAAGGCUGGACAGGGUUGUAUAACUGGGCUUCAACCAUGACCGGAACUAAGAAUAAGACUAGAGCCCAGGCCAAAACAGAAAAGCGGGCUGGUGUACAGGCUAAAGCUAGAGCAGAGAGGGAGGCUACUGCUGUAGUCAGACCUGUAGCCAAGACCCGGGCCAAAGCAAAAGCCAAGAGAGGGUCUAAGACAGAUGCAGUGGCAGAGAUGAAGGCAGUGUCUAAGAACAGAAUUGUUGCUGAGAGGAGGGAAGAAGCCCUGUCAGAGCCUAAGGCUGUGGUCAAAGCCACGGCAGAUUAUAGUCCCAAGGCUGAGAAUGAAGCUACUGGCUCCACAUGUAAAGAUGAGGCUGGUUCUGCCUGGUUCUGGGCUGGGGAAGAGGCUGAUAUCAAUUCGUGGCUCUGGAAUGGAGAAGAGGCUGAUAAUCGUUCAAGGGCUAAGGACAAAGAUAAAGCUAAUAUUGGUGCCCACGUCUCUGCUGAGGAGUUGGAGCCUGUGGCUGGGACCAGUUGUAAGCCUAGGUCAGGGGCUGAGGAGGAGGAGGAAGAGAAUGUUAUCGGGAGCUGGUUUUGGGAAGGAGAUGAUACUAGUUUUGACCCUAAUCCUAAACCUGUGAGCAGGAUAGUUAGGCCCCAGCCAGUGGAUGAAAUUAAUGAAAAAAAUAGGCCCAAAGACUGGUCUGAGGUAACUAUCUGGCCCAAAGCCCCUGCUGUAACUCCAGCAGUGUUAGGAUACAGAUCCCAGGUCCCAUCUGAGACAAAGUCUCCUGCAUAUAUUGUUCUAGCCUCAGCUGAGGGAAAUUCCCAUUCUUUGCCUGUGGCAACAUCCUGCCCUUCUAGGAGCACUCGCUCAUGCUCACAGCCUAUCCCUGAGUACCCAUUUGGUUCUGACCCUUGCAUCCAGACCAUAGAUGAGAUUAGAUGCCAAAUCAGGAUCAGGGAGGUUAAUGGAAUUAAGCCAUUUGCUUGCCCUUGCAAAAUGGAAUGCUACAUGGAUUCUGAGGAAUUUGAAAAACUUGUUAAUUUACUUAAGUCAACUACUGAUCCUCUCAUCCAUAAAAUAGCACAGAUUGCAAUGGGUAUCCAUAAUGUUCAUCCAUUUGCCCAAGAAUUCAUUAACGAAGUGGGUAUAGUCACACUUAUUGAAAGCUUACUCAGUUUUCCUUCCUCUGAAGUGAGAAAAAAGGCUGUCAUUACUGUGAAUCCUCCUUCCAAGGAUGAAAGACAACGCAAGAUUGAAUUACAUGUUAAGCAUAUGUGUAAGGAAACCAUGUCUUUUCCCUUGAAUUCACCCGGGCAGCAAUCUGGAUUAAAAAUACUAGGGCAACUAACUACUGACUCUAUCCAUCACUACAUUGUUGCCAGUUACUUUUCAGAACUUUUCCAUUUGCUGUCCCUAGGAAAUCGUAAAACCAGAAAUCUUGUUUUGAAAGUUCUUUUGAAUAUGUCUGAAAAUCCAGCUGCAGCCAGAGACAUGAUCAAUAUGAAGGCAUUGGCAGCUUUAAAACUCAUCUUUAACCAGAAAGAAGCAAAAGCCAGUCUUGUUAGUGCUGUGGCCAUAUUUAUUAACAUAAAGGAGCAUAUCAGAAAGGGCUCGAUUGUAGCUGUCGAUCACUUGAGUUAUAAUACACUCAUGGCUAUUUUCCGUGAAGUUAAAUGGAUUAUUGAAACAAUGUAAAAGGAAUCAGAAAUGAAAGAGAACACUUUGUACAUCAAUCUCCAUACUACCAGGAUGUACAUUCCCAAAGAGCCUUGCAUAAUGUUUUAGUUAUUACAGUGUGCACAUUAUAUAUUACAUCUUUAACGUGAUGUUACCUGUGACAGGCCUCUACGUUUGAGCUAGACUAUUUGGGGGGUAUCAAAUGAAUAUUAUAGUUUGGAGCUGAAAAUGUGUGUUGAUUUCUAUCUUGUCUAGAUUGGUAGAUUGUUUACAUUUUACUUAAGAUACUGAACCAGUUCAUCAUAAGUUAGCUAGCUUGUUCAUUGGUAUCUGCUUAGAUCUAUUCGUGGCUUCAAAUGGCAAAUAAAAUAUCCUGGAAUUUAUAA